UGUUUCAGAGGAAAUUCGCUAUCCGGAACCAAUGUACGGGUGAACCGCCGGUCCUCUAAACAAGUUGCACGGAGCUGCAACCUGUGAACACGUUACAUCCGGUCGUGCUGUAUUCGUAGCAGCAGUAAUGGCAGCGUUCUCUGAAAUGGGCGUUAUGCCUGAAAUCGCGCAGGCUGUGGAGGAGUUGGACUGGCUGCUGCCUACUGACAUCCAGGCAGAGUCUAUUCCUCUAAUUCUCGGCGGAGGAGAUGUACUCAUGGCUGCAGAGACUGGCAGUGGUAAAACAGGAGCCUUCAGCAUCCCAGUGAUCCAGAUUGUGUACGAGACGCUGAAGGAUCAGCAGGAGGGCAAGCAGGGCCGAGCGUCUGUCAAGACUGGAGGAGCUAUUUUCAACAACUGGCAGAUGAAUCCUUACGACCGCAGCACAGCCUUCGCAAUCGGUCCAGAUGGAAUGUGCUGCCAGAGCAGGGAGUUUAAAGAGUGGCACGGCUGUCGCUCUACAAAAGGUGUCACCAAAGGGAAGUACUGUUAUGAGGUGACAUGCCAUGAUCAGGGUCUGUGUCGGGUGGGCUGGUCCACCAAUCAGGCAGCACUGGACUUGGGCACUGAUAAAUAUGGAUUUGGUUUUGGAGGGACUGGGAAAAAAUCUAACAACAAGCAGUUUGACAGCUAUGGAGAGGAGUUUACUAUGCAUGACACUAUUGGAUGCUACCUGGAUCUAGACAACGGCCAAAUUUCCUUCUCCAAAAAUGGGAACGACCUCGGUGUGGCAUUUGAGAUCCCACAGAAUCUGAGGAGUCAGACCUUCUUUGCCUCCUGUGUGCUCAAGAAUGCUGAGCUGAAGUUCAACUUUGGAGGAGACAACUUUAAACACCCUCCAAAAAGUGGCUUUGUUGCCCUGGAUCAGGCACCAGAGGGUCACUCUGUCAAAUCCUUGCAGACAGGCAGCGCUAAAAUCAGUCAAGUGAAAGCAACAUCCAAUGCACCCAAAGCCCUGAUCAUCGAGCCGUCGAAAGAAUUAGCUGAGCAAACUCUCAACGUCGUCACACAGUUUAAGAAAUAUGUGGAUAACCCCAAACUCAGGGAACUACUGGUGAUUGGUGGCGUGCCUGCCAAGGAGCAGCUGGCUGCUCUUGAGCAGGGGAUCGACAUUGUGGUGGGGACACCCGGCAGACUGGACGACCUUAUAUCCACCGGGAAACUCAGUCUGUCUCAAGUCCGCUUCCUGGUCCUGGAUGAGUGUGAUGGCCUCCUGUCAGCAGGCUAUACAGACUUCAUCAACAGAAUCCAUAACGAGAUCCCACAGGUCACCUCCGACGGCAAGAGACUGCAGGUGAUUGUGUGCUCAGCCACUCUGCAUUCCUUUGACGUGAAGAAGUUGUCCGAGCGCAUCAUGCACUUUCCCACGUGGGUGGACCUGAAGGGGGAGGACUCCGUUCCAGAGACGGUCCACCACGUGGUGGUGCCUGUCAAUCCGAAGAAUGAUCGUCUGUGGGAGAGACUGGGCAAGAAUCACGUCCGGACUGAUGAAGUCCAUGCCAAAGAUAACACUAAACCAGGAGCCAAUUCUGCAGAAAUGUGGUCAGAAGCUAUCAAGGUUCUGAAGGGCGAGUACGCGGUGAGGGCCAUCAAAGAGCACAAGAUGGACCAGGCGAUAGUCUUCUGCCGCACCAAGAUCGACUGUGACAACAUGGAGCAGUACUUCAUCCAGCAAGGAGGAGGUCCAGACACUAAAGGCCACCAGUUGUCUUGCGUUUGUCUCCAUGGCGAUCGCAAGCCCAAUGAGCGAAAAGGCAACUUGGACCGUUUUAAGAGGAAAGAGGUGAGACUUCUGAUCUGCACAGAUGUGGCUGCCAGAGGAAUUGACAUCCAUGGAGUUCCCUUUGUAAUUAACGUCACCCUGCCAGAUGAGAAGCAGAAUUAUGUCCAUCGCAUCGGCAGAGUUGGAAGAGCCGAGAGAAUGGGACUGGCCAUCUCCUUAGUUGCUAUGGAAAAAGAAAAGGUGUGGUACCACGUCUGCCCGAACCGAGGCAGAGGCUGCUACAACACCCGGCUGAAGGAGGACGGAGGUUGCACCAUCUGGUACAACGAGAAGGAGCUCCUGUCCGAAAUCGAGGAGCAUCUGAAGUGCACCAUCACCCAGUGUGAGCCGGACAUCAAAGUACCUUUGGAUGAGUUUGACGGAAAGGUCACCUAUGGUCAGCGCAGGGCAUUGGGAGGCGGUAACUACACGGGCCACGUGGACGUGCUGGCUCCAACUGUCCAGGAGCUCGCUACCCUGGAGAGAGAUGCCCAAACUUCCUUCCUCCACCUCGGAUACAUGCCAAACCAGCUUUUCAGAGCUUUCUAAACAUCACCUCAACUAGCUCUUACACUGUAGGCUGCUGAUUCAGAAUCAAGAAAAUGGUACAGUAUCCUACCCACCUGCAGCUAGAGAAUACUGAAUCUGUGUGCAAGCAAAAUCGGCAAUGUGCAGUAAACACAACUCAAAAAGAAACCUCUCUGCAGUGAGCGUCCAUAGGAUAACCGGACUCCUGAUGUCUAUUUAAUCAAGUUAUUUAGAUUUAAUAUUUGAACAGGGGCCUCUGCCCUCUUUGUUUUGAGAGGCUACAUCUCAAAGGCCCUCCCUGCGCGGCAAACCUAAUUUGAUAGAUUUUUGUGUUUUAUGUUUCCUGAUUGAUACAACUAAAUUAAAUAUUUAAGUUUCCCUCUGGUGUAAGUGGCUGAAUAGUCGGUGCAGUUAAGUGGCUCGAUUUUUGUUUUUUCUGAAAAUAAACUCGAGUGGCCCGCUCAA